AUGCCAAACAAAUUGCGCGACGACCUCCACAAAGUCGACACCACAUCGUUCGACUAUAUUUACGAAGAAAAUGCGACUAUUCCACUGAAAGAGGGACGUGGAGUUGUCCGGUGCAAUGUUUUCCGGCCUAAAGCUCCUGCGGGUUCACAAUUCCCCGUCUUAGUGACGUAUGGGCCUUAUGGCAAGGAUGUUCACUACUCAGUCUUCCACACAGCUUCAUUCUCAGAAGUGCCCGCAGAGCAUCACUCGCCCCAUUCAGCAUGGGAAACACCCGAUCCCGGGUUCUGGACACGCCAUGAAUAUGCUCUUGUUCGAGCCGAUGAAGUCGGCCUGGGCCAGUCACCGGGCGUUCUCAAUACCAUGUCUCGCGACACCAGUCUUGCUUUCAAAGAUGUGAUUGAAUGGGCGGCCUCUCAGUCAUGGUCUUCUGGAAAGGUUGGCCUGCUCGGAAUUAGCUACUAUGCUGGCAGUCAAUGGCGAGUAGCAGCACGUCGACCUCGCGGCCUGGCAUGCAUGAUUCCCUGGGAGGGAAUGAGUGACUAUUACCGUGAUCGCUGUCGGCAUGGUGGUAUAUUAUCAAAUACCUUUAUUGAUUUUUGGUGGAAUCGACAAGUUAUUGUAAACCAGUACGGUCGUCCUGGUAGAGCAGCUCGCAACUACGGCGUAGACACCAUUGAAGGAAACCUCGAAGAAUCUGAGCUCCGCGCCAAUUGCCAUGAUCAAAAUGUGGAUAAUGUGGUAAACCGUUUUCUCGACGAUGAUUACUACGCCAGCAAAGACUAUAACAUGUCCGAUAUCGAAGUCCCAAUGCUAUCAGUUGGAAACUGGGGAGGUAUUCUACUUCAUUUAAGAGGCAAUGUGGAAGGAUUCAUGAAUACCGGAUCCCAGCACAGGUAUCUGCGGCUUAUCACUGGUCGACAUGAUCUGCCGUUCUACACCAAGGAGUGUGUGGAUCUACAACUGAGCUUCCUCGAUGCAUUCCUCAAAGGGAAAGAUCCUCAAGGUUGGUCGCGAGGCGAACAGCCAACAGUAGGAUACAAAGUCCGUGUGGGCGACGUUGGAUACAAUGACACAGCUGCUGAAGCGGCAUACCCUUCAAGAUCUGCAGAGGAAUGGCCAAUCCCAGAAACGAAGUAUACCAAGUAUUAUCUUACUCCAACCCAAGGGCUGAGUGAGACUCGUGUUGCUCAGAAUGAUGAAAGCAAAAUUUCGUACAAGGCCCUUGGGGACCUUAAAAAUCAACAACUCAUUCAAUUUCACAGCGAGCCAUUCACGGAGCAUGUCGAGUUUACAGGCCAUGUUGUUGCGCAUUUGAACGUGUCAGUUACGGCCCAAGAGAAUCAAGCCAGUCAGCCGAGUGACAUUGAUCUGUUCCUCACUGUCCGGCACUUGGAUGCCACGGGAAAGGAGAUUUAUUAUACAGGUACUGUUGGCGACCCUGUGCCUAUCUCCAAAGGCUGGCUGCGGGUUAGUCUUCGAGCCGUGAACGAAAAGGACCCAAGACAUCAGCCCUGGCAUCCUCAUCGUGAGUAUCUAUCAACGGACCACUCUCCACUAGUCCCGGGAGAGAUAUACCCGGUUGACGUGGAGAUAUGGCCUACGAAUGUUGUGAUGUCGCCCGGUGACAAGUUGGUGUUUGAAGUUUCCUCUGGUGAUACGCAAGGUGCUGGACUAUUUGAACAUAAUUCAAAGGAGGACCGAGAUGAGAAGUCUUUUGGAGGGCCCGGUUUCUUUAUUCUUAGAUACUCAAUACUCUUACCCCCAUCAUCCACACCCCAGAAAACAUCGCGACAACAAUCCCCGACUCAACCAAAUCCUGUCCAGCGGAUCGGUCAGAUAUCCGAUGUGUCCGGCUUGUCUCAUGAAGCCCGGCCACAGUCCAUUCGUCUUCGCCAGAAUCUAUUUCAUUCUUUACACUCGGCCCUCAAAUCAUCCGAGCAAAGCAUCAGGGACACUAUCGCCGAGGAUACCAACCAUGGCGACUGGGAUAUCAAUCUCGAGUAUACACUAGCAAUCGCCGAAUUACGUGCCCAUUACGACUCGUUGGACCUUGAGGAAGACCGCAAGAGCAAUAAAUUGGUGGAUAAUCCACAGGCAACGACCGGUGUGGGCAUUGUCUACAUUAUUCCUUCGAAGCAGAACCUAUUUUAUUCGGUCAUCUCGGCGCUUACAGCGGCUCUAGCAACGGGGAAUUGUGUCAUUUUGGAGCUACCUACAACACUGACGCGGGUCUCUGGGAUAUUACGUACGAUAUUGCCCCAAGCUCUCGACGCGGACGUCUUUGCAAUUGUUAGCACCAGGGUAUCCAAAGAAAGUCUCUCCAAAUGUCGUAUUUUGGAUCAAACUAGAGAUGUCAGUGAUGCAGGGGAUGUUGCUGACAAGGUCGACCACAAGUCCACACAAGUGCCGUUCACAAAGGUGGUAGCAGUCGUAGAUCGAUCUGCAAACAUAUCUGAUGCUGCCUCAAUCAUUGGCGCAUCGCGAGCUGCCUUUAACGGCCAGUCUGACUAUUCUCCGGGUCUCGUACUUGUUAAUGAGUUUGUGGCUGAUGACUUUUUGUUCCAUCUUUCCCAAGCCAUUAUAUCCCCAAUACACGGGGGAAAGGCAAUUUCAAAGUCUUCACGCCAGUCAAAGGGAGUCCGAGACGGUCUCAACCAACUACAAAGUGAGCUCGAGAGGAACGACAACCUGAAAGUGAUUCUCUCCGGUGAAAAUGGAAGCAUUGUCGAGAUCCGAGAUCGAACACAAAUAACGGCCGGAUGCCAACUUGAUGGUCGAGUUAUUACUAUCUAUCGAAUCACCAGCUUAGACGACGCUAUUGACUUGUGUAAUGGGGCCCAAACUCCUCUAGAAGCAUCCUAUGUUUUUGCAGCAACAACUGAAGGAAAUUACUUGUCGCGGUUCAUUGAUGCACGAAUCUCAUUUGUCAAUCAUAUUCCUUGCGAACUAAUGGGUACUUCUAUUGCUUCAACUUAUAAAACCAACCCCCUUACUUACAAGUUAAAAGUUGGUCCCUUUGCGGCAGAGCAUCCGACAAUCGCCCCAGGUGUAUUCCCACGAUACAACCCUGCAUUGUUCCGCAGUCCUCGUCCAAGGCUCGGCCAUGCCUCACAAUUGACUCUUCUAUGUCAAAGGUCGAAAGCCUCAAGGUCUACGAAGGAGCUUGAUUCGUGGAGUCGGUCUAUACUACAGGAAGCCCUUCCGCCUACCAAACAGGGGAGUGGCGCUGACGUUGGCUUCUUUGAUCAGGCAUUCAUCCUAGUUGGUAUUACUGUUAUUUCGGUCAUAGCAGGUGGUACAUUUACCAUGUAUCGGUAUGCAAAGCGUUGGCAUUAG